CCUCCUCUGAGCCCAUGGCCCGCGCCACCUCCAGUCCCCGCGCCCCGCUCCUCGGGGCCGCGCUGCUGCUGCUGCUCCUGGGGACCUCAGGCCGGCAAGCGACAGGUGCGCCUGUGGCCUUGGAGCUGCGCUGCCAGUGUCUGCAAACAGUGCCAGGAGUGCACCCCAAGAGCAUCCAGAGUGUGAAGGUGUUGGCCCCAGGACCCCACUGCACCCAGCCUGAAGUCAUAGCCAUGCUGAAGGAUGGACGAGAGAUUUGUCUCAACCCGGAAUCUCCCAUGGUCCAGAAGAUCAUCCACAAGAUACUGAACAGUGAUGCCUCCAGCUGAGCAGGAAAGGAGGAGACCCAUGCAGCGGUUCCCGAGGCCGACCUCGCCCUUCUUAGGACAAGCCGAACAAAGGAAAUCUUCUGAGGCCACCUGAAUGGGCCUUACUGGG